AUGACGAUCCCUCUUGCUCCUAAGCUCACAACGGCCAAGAAAGAGGCAGCAUUGCCGAUCCAUUUCAUCGUCGUAGGAGGUGGUAUUGCAGGGCUGUCGUGUGCCGUCGCGUUGAGGAGAGUGGGACACAGAGUGACGGUUCUCGAACGACAUCCGGAUGUGUUCCAGGCCGUCGGAGGAUGCCGCAUGGCGCCCAACUUGUCGAAGAUCCUUUUCCACUGGGGGUUAGAGAACGAGUGCAGGAGAAUCGGAGAACUGUCAAAAGGAAUCGACUUCCGUGUCUUGGAAUCUGGCGAACACAUCGGUCAACAUACGUGGGACGAGGAAGUCAUCCGGGAGACUCGCGGCGAGUUCCUUUUCACCUAUCAUGCCGAUCUCCGAAAGCUCUUGUACGACACGGCAGUCGGAUGUGGUGCAGACAUCCGCAUGGGAGUGGCCGUUACAGACGUCGACCCCGACAACCAACGCGUGAAGCUUGCAACCGGCGAAGUUAUUCAAGGAGACGCAAUCAUUGGAGCAGACGGUGUUAAUGGCUUAACCCGAAAACUUAUGGUCGAGUUGGACAGAGAACCCGACCAUCGCAAUAAUCUCUACAGCACUGUUGUCUCGAGAGACGCUAUGAUGCGCGACCCAGAGCUACGCAAGAUGAUUUCCGAGAGGAAGAACGGCAUGUUUGCGUGGUUCGGGGACGAAAGAAGCGCGUUGGCUUUUCCUAUGGGAGGUCGAGAACACGAUUUUGCACUUCUCGUGUACUGUCCCGUGGAUGGGAACGAAUCGAGUUGGGAUGAUAGCGUACCACUCGAAGCCUUGCAAAAGGUUCUUGCCAAUGCUGAGCCAAGGCUCCAGCGACUAGUAAAACUGGCCAUCCACCCACCAGCAUGUGUCGCGGUUAAGAACUAUGAGCUACCGGAUGACUGGGUUCACGAAUCUGGGAAACUCCUCAUAGUCGGUGAAGCCGUGCACCCUUUACCGCCCGGCUGUAUUCAAGAAGCUGCCAUGCCCCUUGAAGACGCUGCCGUCCUUGCCAAACUUUUCUCUCACAUCCGAAACAAAGACCAGAUCCCAACUCUCCUCUCCGCCUUCCAAGAUCUACGCACACCGCGCCUCGAACGCGUCCUCAACAAAGAAAUCGGGGAUGUGAUGUUCAUGACACUGCCGCCUGGCCCACAGCAAGACGGUCGUAAUGCACACUUCACCGCCCGACGUGAUGCCGGUGUCAGCGUAUUUGAUGCCCUUCCCGGCAGCGCGGCAGAUGAAGAGGAGCUACCUCAAUGGUUAGAGAUCAAGGACACUUUCGGGUACGACGCGGAGGACGAUGCUGACAACUGGUGGAUGGAAUGGGGUCUGUUGCGGGAGCGUGCCAAGGGUCGGGAUCUCACGGACGGGUUCGUGAAUCCAGCUAUGGUUUCCGUACAAACUGGGGUCAGUACCACCUCCUGCGAGGAGUGA